CUACCACUGACUAACUCAAACUGGCAGGCAAAGCGCGACGAACAGGGAGUAAAGAAGCACAUACGAUACAUAAACUCCGUGAUCUCAAAGUGCAAAUAGAGACUUUUAUUUUGAUACAAAUACCAGUAAUCAAAGCGAUCGAGUGAAGCUGAUCGAUACUUCUGACCAUUUGGAAUUAGAUAAUCGAGUCAUCGGUCACUUUACUUUCGCUGUGUAUUCCUUCUAAACUUUCGAUAUUCUUGUGAGAGUUCUAGGUUUUCUUGAGCUUUUUGGAGUGACUGUGCCUCGGAUAAAAGUCCUGAUUCUUGUCUAUAUUGUGAGAGGUGAGGAAGACCUAAGGCAGUAUUCCAUCAUGAGUGGCGUUCUACAACCUCUCGGGUCCUUGUUUUACGUCGUAGAUCCGAACAGCACAGCCUUCAAGGAACCCGAAGAUGUUCCAAAUUACACAAAUGAGGCAAUACCGAUGUUCAUUGCCUUCAUUGUGUUAGAGUGGCUGGUAGUCAAGUUCAAGAGACACGAGAAGAUCCGACACAAUGACUUCAUAAACUCCUUGUCCCAUGGCAUUGUCUAUGAUGUGUUUGGCAUUGUGUUUCGGAGCUUCACGUUAUGGGGUUACGAUUGGCUGUACGAACGACGUGUUAUUGACCUGGAUUGGUCCUCCCCGGUGACUUGGUGGGUCGCUGCUUUCGGAGUUGACCUGGGCUAUUACUGGUUCCAUCGAGCUACUCAUGAAGUGAACUUAAUUUGGGCGAGCCAUCAGGUACAUCACUCAUCCGAGGAGUACAACCUCUCUACCGCUUUACGCCAGUCGAUGUUCCAGCGGUAUUUCUCCUUCGGGUUCUACCAGCCCCUGGCUCUCCUGGGCGUUCCUCUCUCUGCUAUGUUAGUACACGCACAAUUCAACUUACUGUACCAGUUCUGGAUCCAUACGGAAGUUGUGAAGAACUGCGGGCCGUUAGAGUGGGUUCUCAACACGCCAUCUCAUCACCGAGUCCAUCAUGGAGCCAACAAGUGGUGUCUAGACAAAAACUAUGCCGGCGUCCUUAUAAUAUGGGAUCGACUCUUUGGGACUUUUGAGCCUGAAAGAAAAGACGAAAAGAUAGCUUAUGGGCUGGUCGGCCAACCCCAGUCUCAGAAUGUACUCUGGCUUCAGUUCUUCUACUUCGGCGCAGUGUUCCAGAAGGCUCGGAGCAUGAGCACCUGGGGCGACACCUUCCGUGCCCUCUUCUACGGACCCGGCUGGUUCCCCGGGACGCCCCGCCUCGGCGACCCCGACACCUUCCCUGACGUCCGGGCGCCGAGGGCCAAGUACGACCCUCAGCUUCCCCUGUGGCAGGAGGUGUAUGUGGUCGUACACUUCCUCAUCAUCAUGAUUCUUCAUAAUAUCUUCAUUUCACAGAGUAUGACUUUCUCAUGGAUAACAGUCCUGAUGUUCUUCGUGUUCAUCUUCGUCUCUGUCGGAAUCAUUGGCGCCAUGUACGACGGCUGGUGGUGGGCGCCCUUGGUCGAGGCCGCCCGCUGCGCCGCCUACGUGGCUUACGCCCGUGACAUGCCAGUCACCAACAUCGCGUUGUUGGACGCCGCCAUCCUCGCCUACUUUGCGCUGUCGACGUUACUGUGGGUUUCUCAGAGUUUGGCCGUCGUCAAAGCCACUGUCAAGGCUGCUAAGCUGGAGUAAGAGGGCGAGCUAAAUACAGUUUAACAGCGGUAGUGAAAUAUACAGUUGUAUUCUCGGCACGCUCCACACGUCGAUAACGCGUUUUUUCAUGGUGCUCAAAAACAGAAAAAACAUUAUUUCAGAUUUCGGUAGGCCUUGUGUGUUAUAAAAUAUUUGGAAAAUAUUUUUUGUAGUCACUAAAGUAUUGUAUAAUUCCCUGCUACAUUUUCAUUUCUGAAAAAAAAAGCUUAGGCUCUGUAACACCAAAAUCUUCAAAAUGUACUAUUGAUUUAUAUUACCAUUGUAAACUUGUAAUCUUUCAUGGGACAAUUUAUGUAGAUAAAAAACAUAAUCUUUGAACAAUACAACCUACUAAAGUAUAUCUUCCACAGAAUAUAUUCUCAUAAUAUAUUGAUAUAUUUUGCAUGAAAUGAGAAGACUUUAUGUGCAAUCCCCAUAUUAUUUUUGUAUAAAACUAGAGGAUCGUCUUCCACCUAUCAAAAGUUGUUCCUAAAAACACGAAACACUUGUGCCUGCAGAGAUCGCCAGUCACAGAGAUGUGGUUCCCACAAUUGUGUUCUUACAGACGUGGCAUCACAACUAUGUUUAAAUAUGCCUAUUUGGUAUGAAGUCUUGUUAUGAAGUUUAUGUUUUAUUAAUGCAUGCAGCUUGACAAAUAAAGAGGGAGAUAAUUCUGUCUACAACUGUAAAAAAUCGUUUGUAAACAGUAAUGGAAAUCAAAAUCGCACGAAAACUUUGUAACCUUUAUAGUAUGGCGCUUUUGUAAACUCUUAUAUUUAUUAUUUCGUAUAACCCAAAUAUAUAUAAGAAGAGAUGAUUCCCAA